AUGAAGACCUAUGGCAAGCUUGGUAGGUCUAAAUGGACGCUACGUAAUGUAGCAUCCGAUGGUGCAAAUUUCAGCGAAGAAGAGGCUCUUUCAGACUCAUUUACAAGCGAAGACUGUGGCGAUUCCAUAACACCAAAAACAAGUAUCGAGUUGACAGCGGAAACUAGGGAUUCGGUAGCAUCAAAAAGUCCAAUUCAUCCAAAGACUUUUAAAAAACCGCUGCAAGAGGAAUUGUUUGAUUUUUUGGAUCAACCAGUGCUCAAAAAACGCAAGAAAACGCUCCAUGCGAAACCUGACGCGAUUUACGAUGAUGACAGUGACAAUGAUGACGGUAGUGAACCCAAUUGCAAUAAUUCGCAGGCUUUCUUUUCGAGCCAGGCAGAUAAAAGCUUCCAGAGCACCAUUGAUGAAGCUAACACGAUGCUAUCGCAGCUUGCAGAAACUCAAAAUGGCACCUCUGACGCAUUAGCUGUAUUCGAUCCUGUGGAUUCUGUUGACGAAGAAUCUAGGAGCUUCAACAAUGCUGAUACUGCGUCGAAAAAACUUUAUGGUAGAACCAGGACCAUUGUGCAACAAGCAGACGACGAUGACGACAAUGACGACGACGGCAACGACGACGACGACGUUCGUGCUGGCGAAGCCAUACCAAGAAGUGAAGACGCCUAUUUAGACGAGGUGGAUUGCUCACAGUCCACUCAGCAUUUCAACCAUUUGCGGGUCAUGGGGGAAACUCUAAAGUACCAGGAUGAUCUAGAGUUUCUCAUGCAAGAGAGUCCGCAGGCCAAUCCAGAAACCAAAACUGCCAGCGUGCUUGGGCUGGCUUUGAGUUUUUUAAAUGACAGUAAAAUGCUUGAUUAUGCAGUCAAGCAGUAUCAGUUAGAACUCUGGGAAUGGUGUACGAGUUUAUGUCAGAAUGCAAAUGAUCUAACUUUGCAUGUUGGUGCUUUCAUCCUCGACGCACUUGCUAUGAAACCUGAGAAUCAUGCCUCGGGUAAGUUGAACUUCCAAAAAACUGUUCUUCCACUCGUAACACGCAUAAAGAUUGUCCCUACUGACCUCUACACUAAACAUGUUGAAUUGAAUUACGGAGACUUUCUGAAGCUCACAGGUGACAAAUCUGGGUUAUUUUACGGACUCAGGCUCUGGAACCUUUGUCUCGACAGGCACGAGAGCUUAGAAGACGCGGAUGCUUUGGAAAUCAUCCUACAAACAUUGGAAAACAAUCAGUCAUACGCCAAUGAUGCACUUAUUAUUGCUGCAAAAGUUCUCACCGAAAGCACAGUGCAUCAAAAGUCUCGAUCGAGAUGGUUUAGGGCAUUAAGACCACUUUGUUGUUCGCAGGCGACCAACCAAGAUUUUGUGAAAGUGCUCGUAAGAUUGUCUAACGAUGCUUUUGAAGUUUGCGAUGGAAUGGAAGAUGUACUGAAAACUUCUCUCAUUUUUGUUCUGGAUAACUCCGUUCUCUUGCUGCAAAGCGGUCGGAGGGAUGUGAUUGAAGUAUUCGUGUUACACCUGGGGCUGUGUUUAAGUUUGGUUCAAAUCCAUGGUCUCGUAAAAUUGGUACCUGACUGCACGGUUCGACAGACAUACAAGGUACUACAACAAAUUCUUGAAGGCUCCAACCAGGCUUUACUGUGCGAUUUCAACCAAAAUAUGUUUAUUCUUAUAUGCUGCUAUUUUGCAUGUUCUAAAUGCUUGACGUUUCAGCCGGCUGAAAGCGACUCUAUCAACCUUCGAUUGAAGGCUUUCGCGGAGGAGAUUGAGCCUUUCAAUGAAAGCAUCCAUACUAACGUUACGCAAGUGCUAGAUGCCCUUUCUGUAUAG